UUUCCCUUACCUACGCCAAUGCCACAUUUUGGCUACACCUCUUAUGCGAAAAAGCUUAACCAUAUGGCAGAAGACGGACUGUGGUACAACCCCGGGAAACCAAAGUUUAAGGACCAAAAGCUGGAAAGAACAAGGGAGCAUGUGCAUCCUGCAUGACAAGGAGGACCUGUCCAGACUGGAGAUGGUCCAAAGACUAGCCAAGGAUGGUUGCCGCUUUCUGCAGAACCAGGGCAAGGGCCCGGAGAGGAUGAGUGAGCCACAGAGUGACGAGGCAGUCCGUGUGUGUGUUAGGGAGAGGGGCCACGACGUGCUGGUCCUCCAGAGAGUGUCGUCACAGCAGCCAGCCCCCUCUGCAUCUGCGAGGGGAGGGGGGAGAGAGGAGACGAGGAAUGGGAGGUAUGUGGUGGUAUCAGGGACCCCGGAGAAGAUCCUGGAGCACCUGCUGAAUGACCUGACACUGGACGAGGAGCAGGGGACGACACAGGGCAAAGAGUCAGAUACGCUGUUGGAUGACUUUCUGCUGACCUACCCGGUGUUCAUGUCUACAAGUGAUUUAUGCCAAGCUCUGCUGGGACACUAUUGCUCCAAGCGUUACAGAGGGAAAGAGGACAGGAAGGAGGCUCUGGAAAGGAAACGAAAAGUCCUGCACCUGGUGUCACAGUGGGUGUCUCUCUGCAGAGAUUUCCUGAGGGAGGACGAGCAUGUCAAACUCUUCAUGAAGACUUUGUGUCGAUACGUGUUGGAUGAUCUGUAUGAACACCCAGCGCUGGAGAAGGAUGUGAGGGAGCUGCAGCAACUGUACCAGCUGCAGCAUAGACACACAUCGGAGGAAUACUCCCCUCAGAGAAAGAGCAAAAUGCUUUUCCACCAAUUGAGCCUGAAGGAGAACGGGUUGACUCCCAGAGGAACACAGAGGGAGAGCAAGGAAGUGCUGUGUCAUGUCUACAUCACCAUGGACUCAUACUUAAGUAUGAAGGCUCAUGUGAGUGUUGUGGCCCAGGAGCUGCUGCAGGCGGCAGCAGACAGAAUGGACGUCCCCCAGGGUGAACUGGUGCUUGUGGCCGUCACUUACACCGGGGGUCGGCUCCUCCUGCAGCCUCAUGACAGAGUCUUCUCUGAUUCUUCACGGCCAGUUGGGAGGCUACAUGUGUGCAGGAAGGACUUGGGGGAAGUGUUGAACCCAUUCACAGACAACUCAGAGCUGCAGCAGAGGACAGCUCGCAUGCUCAGUUUAAACACAUGGGACGUGGCUGUUGCUCUCUCUAACUUUGACUGGACCAUCUUUGACUCAGUGCACGAGCAAGAGCUGGUUUAUUUUACCUUCAGCCGUCACUGUGGCAGCAGUCACACGGUAGCAUUGGAGCUGCUGCUGCAGCGCUGUGAUGAGGUCCAGCUGUGGGUGAUGACUGAGGUGCUGCUGUGUUCGAUGCUGUGCAAAAGAGUCCAACUCAUCAAGAAGUUCAUCAAGAUUGCCGCACACUGUAAAGCUCAGAGGAAUCUCAACUGUUUCUUUGCCAUUAUAAUGGGCCUGAACGCUGCAGCAGUCAGCAGACUCAGCCAAACAUGGGAUAAAAUUCCUGGGAAAUUCAAAAAGCUGUUUUCAGAGCUAGAAACCAUGACCGAUCCCUCGCUGAACCACAAAGCCUACAGGGACUCCUUCAAGAAGAUGAAGGCGCCAAAGAUUCCCUUUAUUCCUCUGCUUCUGAAAGAUAUCACAUUCAUUCAUGAAGGCAACAAGACGUUUCAUGACAACCUUGUCAAUUUUGAAAAGCUGCACAUGAUAGCAGAGACAGUGAGGCUCAUCAGGCAGUGUCAGAGAGAUCACAUGGGGAAUGGCAUCACACAGAAGAGCAGCUCAGAAGUGCGAGGCUACAUUGAUUACCUACAUAUCAUUGACAAUCAGGAGACUCUGUUUGAACUCUCUCACAGGCUCGAGCCUCGAGCAUAGAGAGCAACUUUUUUUUCUCUGCACUAUACCCACUGAGUCAGAUCGCCAAGGAGCAAUCUUUCACUGUCUCAUCUAUCUCUCAGGACACAAGGCGGCAAUCACAGGACACUUAAUGACCUCAGCUAGCCACAGGAGGGAGCCACUGUAUCAGGAAACAACAGAGAUGGAAAAUGUGGCAAAUGAAAUGAUCAGUGCUUACAAGUAAAAAAGCCUGAACAGCUCCUGAGAUCCAAUACUACUGUUAAAAACAUUGAAGUAAAUAUCAUCACACAGUUUGGCAGCACAUCAGUGUCACUUCAACUGCACUGUAUGGCAGGUGUAUGGCUGUUCUGACAAAGACCCAACAGCUCCCCCUUGUGGAGAGUCAGUGGUUAGUUAGAGAAGAAUGUUUGCAUAAUUGCCCAUAUAACAAAAUGUAACAGAAAACAUGCAAACAAGCAUGGUGCUGAACACAGGCUACUUUUGUGCGACCUUGGAAAAGUUGCAUGUAUGUUUUGUAUUUUCAGAGGUAGUUCCAUCAGUUUUUACCAAAGAGUAUUUCAAUAGUUACUGUUCACACACAUCUGUUCCCUCAGACUUCAACUUAAUCCAGAUGUUCCUCUACCAGGUCACCCACACAGCUAUAAAUUAGCUUCAUGUUUGCACAACAAGCUAAACUUCAAAUGAUUGUUAAUCUUAAGCCUAUUUAAAUAUAGUUUUCACAUGGUUGUCUUUUCAUGUAUUUUUCUGUUGUUUAACCUUAAAGUGCAGUGUAAGAUGGUUUAAAUGAUAAGAUCACAGUAUUUGUAUGUUUUGUCAGAAAGUUAAUGCUUGUGUGUCCUGUGAGAGAUAUAAUCAGGUGUUUUGAGUGCCAAACAAUAGGAAUGCCAUUUAAAGUUACUAAUGCUAAUAGCUGAUAUUUUGAAAAACUUUGGUAUAAGUUGUGCUGUGGACAAUCAGUUAAAUUAAGCAGCAGACCCACUCUGUCUCUGUCUUGGAGUUAUUUUACCGAAAAAUUGCUCGUCAUAUCAAAUCCUUGGUCACCACUGACCUACAGCUGAUCGUGGUAAACAGACAGUAGAGGACGUUUGUUUGUUAAGUGGUUUAACAGUUCCUAUGAGAAAAGAGCAAUAGCAGAAUUCAGUACUCCAGCACCUUGUGAAAUCAAACUAAAGGUAGUCAGCCUAUUGUACAGUAUGUAGUCAUAGAAGAUGAAGUAUUUAUUAAAUGAUCUGGAUGAUGGACAACUCUCACUUCAAAGUAAGGAUAGGUCAUAUUAAGUAUUGUGUAAAGUGUUGUAGACUGACUUUUUUAUUGUUAUAUUCUUGAAUUUUUAUUUGUAUAUUUUGGAUUUCAAAGUCACUUUUACACAGAAAACAGUAUUUGUCUUAUUUUCAUUUUUAUCAUCAACGUUGUACAGUUGUUUAUAUUGUAUAUAUUUGUUUAAUUCUGGUUAAGGAUAUUUAUUAAGUUCAGAAUUAUUUAUUUGCUCUUUGAAUACUUAGACUGAUUUUAUUUUUAUUCUCUUGUACGCACGGAUUUGGCUGGUCUGCAUGAUUGGGUGAACCAUGGAUUGACCACCACUUUCAACAGUGCAUGUAACAAACGUUUUUUCCUCAUGAACGGCUCAUUGUAAAAGAUAGUUUGCAUACAUGUAUGCAUUUUAGAGAAAAAAAUUCAAAGUGACAGCUGUAAAAAAAAAUGAAUGCCUCAGAUGAAUUUCAUGAAGGUAGACAUUAAUUACACUGUGCUGAUUGAACUUAUUAUGAAGAAAUCUCCUCAGGUGCUGUGGUAAUUAACAUAGUUAAAGGACAGACAAGACUUGAUGAGAAGUUUGUUAUAGUGUGUAUAGCAGGUCACAAGCAACACUGAUUCAGUCAUAAGAAAUCAAAACAGAGGAGAGGCAUUAAACAUGAACAAGACAAACAAUGUAUUGUCUAAUUUGCAACCAGAGGCAAGCUUGGCCCUGUUCUUAAUCAGUCUUCUCAAUAUUCAUUCAACAACUGUAACAUUUACUUCUUUGUGAAAUAAACUAUAUUUAUACUCAAUUUCAA